GAAGCAAAGUACACCUUUGAACAACGUCAUUGCUUCGAGGGGGUCCACACCUGAGGCAGACGCGUGUGAUAUGGUUCAGGCAGAUCGUCCAACCAUGGAGUAAAUAAUCAAAAUUCCAUCGAUACUCCCAGGGCGAUAACCUUCCUUCUGCCGCAAAGUGAUAUUUUAAGGGGGAAGUGGAUUUUGACCUCAACAUUGCAUGUUUCUGCACUGCAGUGGCGACAACUGAGUUCUUGAGCAUGUAGACGGAUAGCGAUAAGGUGAAAGCAACACACACAAACUGAUUCAGUAAAGCGCGCGAAAUCCAUGUCGGUAUGAUUUCGGUAGGCAACGCCGCGAUAUGCCAACUUGAAGACGUCCCUUUGCAUCAGACCGGUCUUAUUCCGACACUUACUACCCGCGAAUACCGUAAGUAUCUCGUUGUCCCAAUGGAUAGUUGACUUCUGGUGACCUCCUGUGAGACUUCGAAGUAGAAGGAAAUCCUGUUUUUAAAUGUACUAUCGGAAACUAGCAGUAAAAUCCUGCAUUGGACUGGGGUCAAGCCUCGCCCAAACUGUUACUUUCGAGGUGACAACGCUCCUUGCAGCUAGUCAAUAAUAGCUCCCUAAAGAUUAAGGACGACGUUGUACUUAGAAACCACUCAUUGCCUCUAUUUUCAAUCUAAAAAUGACAGAGGAAAAAGCAAGACCACUACUCAUUCAGCUUACACGUGUACAUCUUCUGAACUCGACGAUGUUAACGCUGCUCUUAGCUACUUUAUUUUUGAUGGGAAAGCAAUGUGAUGCUGCGGAUAGCAUCGCAUCUAGAACGGACCAAGAACCGAAUACACCGCGCUCGUUACAUGAUGAAAAAGUAGAGAAGAAACUAGUUGCAAACAAACCGAGGAAUCGGAACGAUGACGCGGAUCUGUUAUUAAGUGAGGAGGACGUCAACAGAUUUGAUGAUCAUUUCAUCGAUGAUGACGAAGGGUUUAAUGAGGAGUCUGAGGAUGAAGUCCACAACGAUGCCAUUGUUGACGCGGAUGAGAAUUCGGAAGAGUUAUUAGAUAGAGAUGAUCUCUGGCUAUUUCAGUACGAUCCAGUUGAGGUAGGUCACAUACAAGAUGUAGAAAUUGAAGAUGGUUCAAUGUUAAAGAUGAAGACACUGGCCAUAAACCCACCAAUAUUUGAAAUCAGAAACUUUCUCAGCACGGAGGAGUGCGAUCAUAUCAAGGCUCUGGCCAUCAGGAAAGGUCUCCAGACCAGUCUAACCGUCCCUGAUAAACCAGACCAGACCGAGGAAGAGCUGGAGAGGGUACUGGACUACUUCGAAGAGCUGGACCAGGACCAGAACGGUCUCAUCAACGGGACCGAGCUCUUUGAGGCCAUCAAGACGUUUGCAAACGCACAGAAUUUCAAUCUAACCAUAAAACACGUCGAGGCACUUAUUAAGGAAAAGUUGGACCAAGACGGCGAUGGCCUUCUCGACGUCGACGAGUUCAUCACCGCCGACACACCGGCCAUGGAAGACGAGAUCGACCAGUGGUUGGCGGUGAUCGGUGACUUGGGUGAGGACGAGGUCAAGAGAACUCAACCAAGGGUCAGCGAGCAAGCUUGGCUUGACCAGUGGACAACGGAAGAUGAGGUCCUUGUACGACUUCAAGACAGAGUGAUCAGUCUGACGUUACUCCCUCCUUCGAUCAUCCAAACGAGUGAACACCUUCAGGUGGUUCGUUAUCAGCCCGGUGGUCAUUAUCAUGCUCAUUAUGACUCGGAAGAAUUCGACGACGACCUCGAGUGUUCACACACCUUCGGCAUCGAAGACGGCGAUGAUGAGAGGAGGCACCGAAGCAAAGACGAUUUCACUGAAAAGAGAUUGUGUAGAUUGGCAACUAUUCUCUACUAUUUGAAUGAUGUUGAAGAAGGCGGCGGCACUGCUUUUCCCGUGGCGGAUAAUGAAACAUUUACUGAAGAGUCUCUGGAUGGUAUAUCGUAUGAUAUCUACGAUCUUUCUAAUUAUUGCUACAAGUCUAAUGUGGUCGUACCACCUGAAAAGGGCAAAGCAAUAUUAUGGUACAAUCACUACUUAGACGAAGAAAAUGGAUGGAUCGGUGAAAAUCGAAACCAUUCGUUGCACGGUGGUUGUGACGUCAUAAAGGGAACAAAAUGGAUAGCGAAUAAUUGGAUCACCGUGGACCAUAACGUUGAAAGACAGAUUCACUUCCACGACCGGUAUUACUCACUUAUCGAUCAGCAGUUUCCGAGUGAAGCCGAAUCCGCCUAUGAUAGGACGGAAAUUGACGAGCAGUUCGGGGAAGGCGAUGAUGAUGAAUUCGCGCAGGACGAAGGGUUCGGUUCGGAAACCGAAGAUACCCGAAGAACUACCGAACACACAUCAGACAACGUUGGCAGGAAAUCUGAGCAAGAGGGUGGUUUCCACUCGCCCAACCACGCGAAGGGAAAGGAAGGAAAGGCUGAAAUUUUAUCACACCAUAAAACGAGAGAAAAGUUAGAAAACGACGAAAGUGCAAGAUUAGAUAGUUUCUCACGUGCACAUAAAAGUGGGACGGAAUUCCGUAAGAACGACGAGUUAUAGCACAGGCGUUUAAAGUCAAGGGUGUCAGCAGAGUUUUUCAUUAUCGAUAGCCAUAACUAUUAAAAUGAAAAGAAAUUCUCAUCACCCCUGGCAAGUGGGGUUAAGAAAUAGUAAGACACGAGCCCUACAAAUGUAAUGGUUUAAUUUUACCCUCGUUACAAGGGGUUAAUUGGCUGUUUUCAAACUAGGAAUGCAACUUUACUCGUCACAUGAUUUCAAGCAACAUACAGUCAAAGUUUGUGUUUUUACGCAAAAAUCUUUACUCUUGAUUAUCUUGUUUUGAAAGUCACACCAAAGAAUAGUUUUUAUUUCUGGUGCAUGGGGGAAAGUGUGGUCCAAACUUUUGACAGUUGCAGGCACCCUUGGGAUCGAGUUUGGUAGUCCUAUAUAGCCCUAUAGUUUGUCAACUUCCUGUUACCCGUUUAAGUCUGAUAUCGCCAGUUCAGAUGGAGUUCAAUAUUGCAAGCAAAUUAAACUAGAUUGGGGUGCCAGGGCCUCGCAUGAAAUAUGAACCUUUUCUGUUAGGGAUGGCGCUCCAGGAGCUAGUGGGAGGGCUGACCGCCCGGGAUGCUUUUUCAAGUAGUGAAAAGAAUAAAAUCAAAGCGGGAAAGGUGUUAAAGUUAUUGUUUAACUUUGUGAGCAGCCGAUUUAAAAAAUUAUCAAACCAAGAUGAAACAUGUCUACAAGUGCAUGUAUUAGAACUAAUAAACCCUGAAAACAACCAUUAUUGAGAAUGAAAAGCUAAAACUACAAGGCAAACCCCGAUUUUGUAAAUAGGCGUCUUAUAGACGCCUAAAUAGUACACAUAAGUGUAUGGGAUGAAAUUAAGAUGGUGUUUUUGGUCACUUUAUAUUUCAAUUUUUGAAGCUCUAAAUAAUUAUUUUCGAACGCAAUUUUUUCUGGGCUUCAUUUUUGUAACAUAUCACAGACACAGGUGACAAGUGUGACCUUCUAGCUCAGAUUUUCUAAAGUCACACCAAUGUUAACCAAUCACUUUAAGGAAUGGAAUAGGAAAGAAACGUAUAAGAAAUAAAGAUAUAGAUCGUGGCGUUCUUUAAUACUCCUAUUAAAUUUAACCCUUUGCGCGCUGAUGUUGCAAUCUUGCACAUUUGUUCAUAUAAAUUCAACAAUCGUAAUAUUCUCCCCUACCUUGAAAUUAGAUAAGCUAAAUAUCGUUCUUGGAUAACAUCUAUAUAAUAAUAAUAAGUAUCAAUGGUGCAAUAUGGAAAUCUUGAAUUAAAGAAAGUAACAUGGAACCAAUUGCCAUUAUUAUCCCAAAAAUCAAUUCACCAUGCAAAGAGUUAAUAGAAUGACGUCACAUCUAGGUCUUCUCUCCCCCCCCCCAAUCAGGAGACAUCGCUUGGUGCCGCCCCAGUUUUUUUGUUUGUAUUUAGUAAAUUGAAUGAAACGCAGUAAGAUCUCUCAUUCAAAAUGACAUCUAGUUCCCAUCCACUUCAGUUGUUCCUGUCAGGAAAGUUUCUUUUGGUUGUGAAUUAUGAAAUUUCUGCCAUCAGAAACUGGAAAAAAAAGUGAUGGCGCGUCCGGGCGCGUCGGACACUCUGUUAUGUUCUGCAACCGCACGACACUUAGUAUUUGGGUUUGAUAUUGAAGAAGAGAUCUAACGUUUACUCAAAGCCGGCGCCAAAAAGAGGGAACAGGGGCGUAAAGUGAAGAAAAAAACAAAAGAGAAAAGGUAAGAAAGGGGAAGAAAAAGAGGAUUUAAAAAGGAUUUAGGUCCUUCCACUUCUAAUACCCUUUUAGUUAAGUAAGAAAAUAAUCUGUCGUCACCUUGCUCCCCCCCCCCCCCCCCCUCUCCCCCACUUUUAUCAAAACGAACUGACGGCGCUCCUCAUCGUAUUUGUUAUCAAAGCACAUUGAUGAUAAUAGCCGUUUCUGAAAACCCCGAGUCCGUUUUUUCUCGGACGCAUUGAAUAAAAAAGAAAAUAGUGCUUUUUCAAUGCAUCGAGAAAUUUGAAAGCAACGUAGAUAAUAAUCCUGUAUAUAUGUUCAGAAUAUUUAAUUGCGAGUGAGUACAUUUUAUUCUAGAGUUCCAAUAUUUGGGACGAUAAAAAGUUUCGUUUUAAUGAUGAUCAUUUGGGGAGUGCAAUUCUAAGUUUUAUGACGGGCGUAUUGGCGUAACCGGUAUGGCAAACUUUGCAAAGUGAUUGUACAUAAUUUUAUUUUGCUAUAUGCAGAUAGCAAGCCGUACAGUACUUUCAAUAGGCAUACAAUGGACUGAAUGAGUACUUCAUUAAAUGUUUUUAUCAUUCCA